AUGUCUCACUUCAAUCCAUACGACAAAUGUUGGCACCUUGCUGACAUCACAGCGUUCAUUCACCAACUCGACUCCCAUUACGAUUUGCCUUCAAACAUCAAGCUCGAUGAGGCACGUGUGAUUGCAAUGGAUCUAAUCGUUGACCAAGCCUCACGAUGCCCUUCUACCAUCACCUACCCACCCCCCCGAAAAACCCGGGCCAGUCGUUCUCCUGCUCUUGCCAAAGCAACUUCAACUUCGGCAGCCACCUCCAAGAAAGCACCGCCGAAGAAAGCACCACCAAAGAAGAAACCAUUGACCUCUGCACAGACAUCCACCACCGAUUCUGCUCCCAAACGCGUGCCGACAUCAAAUGGCAGUAACAGUGGCCACUCAAAUCCAGUAGACAAGGGUAACACCCCUACUUCUGCUUCCUCACAAGGAAAAUCCACCUCUGCGGCUCGCUCUGUUUCUAAGCGUCCAUCACCCUCGCCAGCCGAACCAUCAGCCCAGUCACCACCUAAAAAAACAAAGACCAACACUUCUACUUCUGCGAAAGUCCUCAAACCUGCCGUCACAACCUUGCAAACCAAGAAAAGUUCAACUUCGGUAGCCAAAACUCAACCAAAAGCGAUGUCCAGCAAUAACAGUUCAACUGCCCGAUCUGCAGCCAAAACUCAUCCAAAAGCAACACUCAGCAAAUCCACUCAAUCACGCAAACGACAAGCUUCUGUCCACUUUCAAGAACCGUCAGAAAAGUCUAAAGGUAAGAAGAAACGCCAAUCACCAUCACCAUCAGAUGAAUCUUUCAACUCUCCAGAAUCCGCCAACGAUAUUGAUAGUACUGUGGACGAGGUUCAACAUCAAAGCUUCGAGAGCGGUGAAGAUUUUGGCGAAGUGGAGGUCUUGGAGGAUGGAGUAAACUACUCAUCAGAUCUGACUGAUCUUUCCUCCGAAAAACCACUUUCAGAAGAGGAUUCACUUUCAGCCGAGGAUUCAAUUCCAGACGAGGAAUCAUCAAGUCCUGAAUAUGAACACGAGGAACCCACUGUGAUCAGCUCUAGCUCCAGCAAUCGCCGCCAUGACCGUCAAGCCUCUACGAGCAAUUGCCAGAGUGACCGUCAAGCCUCUACAAGAACACAAGCUGCUGCAUGUAAUCAGAAUUCUAGAGCCGAUCAACCUUCUAGAGCCAAUCAACAUUCUAGAGCUGAUCAAUCUUGUAGAGCCGAACAACAAGACUUGCGUACUCAAAGAUCAAGCAUUACAAAAGGCAAGCAUACUCACAGAAUGAGUAGCAGUCCACAAGUCUCCAUACGUAACAAACAACCGUCUCAUAACUCAGGUGAUCCAUCUCGAUCUUGUGGUAAUCGUGAGACUUCACAAAAUCAACAAUGCCACCCCAGCAGGUCAAUCAAUCGUUCCGAUCACCAGGAUUUCCCCAAAUCAAGAGAUCCUCAGAACUCAACUCAGCUUCUCGGAAGGGCCAUGUCAAUCGAGGAAUGUCUUCAAGAGUAUAUGCCUGGAUAUGGAACUGUAUCCAAAGCACCAGCCCAACAAGCUAUAUUGGACGUACCAGCCAAACAGGCUGUAUCCAACAUACCAGCCAAACAAGCUUUUCAGCCACAGUCUCACACCGGAAAUGCAACAAGUCAAGUAUACCCUUCUGGUGUACCAUCAAAGCCCCAGCCAGUCGCUUCCUAUGUUGCCCCUGCUCCCACCACCAUAAGGAGUCAAGUAUAUCCGUUUAGUGUAUCACCUGUACCCCAAAUUGCUUCCUAUGUUGCCCCUGCUCCUGCCACUUCCAGUACUCCAACAGUUCAUCCAACGUUUCAACCGUCAGGGCAGCCACUUGGAUCCGGAACAUCUCAACUUUUUGGCUCUGUUGCUCCUCCACCUAAUGCCUUACAUAAUAUUCCGCUCAACUUCACUAUCCCUGGUGUCGGUACAUUCACACUCAUUCCUGAAAAUAAAAAUCCUCUCUCCACAACGGCCUCGACCAAUGCCACUCCUCAGCCCGCUGCACCUCCUCCAGCCACUACCAAUGUGACUCCUCAACCUGCUGCACAACCUGCCGCCAAGACCAAGCCCACAGUCCCCAGCUGGGUUCGCUUGACAGAUCAUACUACACCCGUGGCCGUGGUUCCACCAAAGCCGUCAAAACCAAAAAUGAAGUGGACACCUUUACUCAUGACCGAUACCAUCAAGGAGGAACCUCCAACCGGAAAGCAAGCAGUCCUAGAUUCCACAGGCCCAAGCAACUCCCAUAAUGCCGAUGUUACGAAGUCGUCCAACCAGUUAGAUGCCCGCCUUGGUAACUUAGAAAACUUAUUAGGCGACUUAAUCCAGUAUCAAAGACAAGCAGCAUCUCAAGUACCUUCUCAACCUCCCCAACAAUCCACGGCACCCCACACAUCAGCAUAUUUCAAACCUCCUCUCCUCCCUGGAAUCAGUUCAACACAACCAAUCACAUCUCUCCAAGCUGAUCCGAUGCCUGCACAACCCACUGAUCUCACUAGAAUAGCUUCCAAGCCUCAGUCAACCUUCCUCAAUCCUCUGCCCCUCAAUGACGAAAAGUUAAUUCACCCAAAUCCUGCGGUAUCCACUGACAUAACUCGUCAAGCUUCCACUUCUCAAAAACUAUUUCAUCCGAUGCCUGCAAAAUUUACCAACUUCACUAGCCUCACGUCUACUUCUCAAAAGCCUGGACUCACUAGUCAGCCAUCCAAAUUGUUCAAGAGCAAUCUGGACGUCAAACCCUUCCAACCACCCACCACCUUCAAACCGUUCACCUUCUCUCCUGUACUAGGCAAAGCCCCUACCUCUCACGGUCUUGAUAGUUCCAGCUCUCACUUUACAUCCAGCGCAUCGACAUUUUCCUCAUCAACUGCUAGCAACCAAGACAACCCAACACGACAAACUGUUCCUUGCCCUGCUCGCUCAUCAAACACCUUUUUGUCCUUGAAUACCACAAGUGUCACGGCGCCUGUUGUUGCAAAAGAUGCUAUCAAACAUCCCAAGAAUUAUCUAGCGCUGUCACCCCUAGAAUCUUGCUCAUCUGGUCCAACGACUCUUCAGCCUACACCCAUGGCAAGUACAUCCACAUUCACACCUACAACUACCACGGUUGCACCCACACCUCCAACGACCACUCCAACGACCACACUGCCACCCGCACCUACACCUACAAUGACCACUCCCAUUGCUUGUGUUCAUCUUUCUACAAAACCUGAGGGUAUUGUUGCUUCCGCUCUCUCAACUUGCGAAGAUGAAAAAGGCCGACAAGCUCGCAAAGAAGACACACCGGUAUCUAGCCAAGUUCUCUUACAGGCUCUACAAUCCACACUUUCACAACCAUCUGAUCAUCUGCCUAUCGAAAAACACCCACAAGAUCAAAAAGCAGACCCGCCGGGACCUAGCCAGAUUCACGUAUCUACAGUUUCCUUUCCCAGCUCGACUUCUCCUCAAUCUUCCAGUGUUGCUUCUGCUCUCUCAACCUGCAAAGAUGAAAAAGGCCCACAAGCUCACAAAGAAGACACACCGGUAUCUAGCCAAGUUCUUUUACGGGCCCUACAAUCCACACUUUCACGUCCAUCUGAUCAUCUGCCUAAAACUUCCCGUCCAACUGAUUCAGCUACCAACCAAUCACCAAUUGAUGUGGUUAGCAGUCCUUCCUCAGCUGUGGUCAGCAGUCCUUCCUCAGCUGUGGUCGAAGAUACACCCAUUCAAAACAGAGACACUCUUGCAUCUAGCCGAAACCUUUGCCAAAAUAUUAUAUCUACACUUUCAUACUCAUCCGUCGCACAUGUCGUAAAGCCUUCCAACAUUCUUAUUGAAAACGCCUCCAAGAUUUCUGCUGCUGUUUCAGGUUUAACUCCAAGCACUUCAGAUCAUCAGUCUCAACCAGAAGAACAGACACCUCACCCGCUUGAAAUUGAUGCUCUUUCAACUGCCUCCAACGAGUCAACAUCAGACACUGCUUCUAACGAAUCAACUUCAAACUCAGAAGAUGAUGUGAAAAGCUCUCCAAGGCAACUAACAGCUCAUCCACGAGCAGCAGAAGCAACCUCAACAUUGGCAUUCUCAGCAUUGGCAUUAGUAACCACAACUCAUCAAGAUUUAGCCGCACAAAAAGCUGAACCUGUGGUAGACUAUGACUAUCCUGUGCAGAACUCAUCAACUGAAUCUCAGGACCCUACAGCGACAAAUACUCAUGAAGGUUUGACUGAUAUCAAGAAAAUUUAA